UUUCCGAACUGCAGAAGCUAAAAAGAAAUGGCCGCUCACUUUCUCUGCAAUCUUCCUCCCACCCUCCAAAUUCUUCAAUUGAAUUCUACAGCUAAAAAGAACUGUCCAUCAUCUCCCUUUCCACAAAAAAAAUGGCUAAUAGGUGCCAGGAUUAUCCUAAAAAGCAACACUCUCUCUCUUCAAUCAUCACAUCUCAAACCCGACAGAUUAAAGCGCCGCCCCAUCGCGGCCACCGUCUUGUCUAGCCUACCUACCGCGGCAACGAUUGGUAGUGCGUCAGCUCCCAAAUGGUCAUGUAGAGCAAUAAAGUCAUUUGUUAUGGCUGAGUUGGAAGCCAGGAAACUCAAGUACCCAAAUACUGGAACUGAAGCUCUUCUUAUGGGGAUCUUGAUUGAGGGUACCAGUGAAGCUGCAAAAUUUCUACGGGCUAAUCGAGUAACACUCUCCAAGGUUCGUGAAGAGACUGUCAAGUUGCUUGGUAAGGGUGAGAUGUACUUUUUUAGUCCUGAGCAUCCUCCUUUGACUGAAGCUGCUCGAAGGGCCAUUGAUAAGGCGAUUGAUAAAAAGCUAAAAUCUGGUGAUAGUGGAGAACUAACGACAUGUGAUUUGCUUCUUGGCAUUUGGUCGGAAGUGGAUUCAGCUGGUCACAAGAUAAUGGCUACCCUUGACUUUAGUGAUGACAAAGCCGAGGAACUGGAGUCCUUGAUUUCUAAACCUGGGUUUGUAGCUGACUAAUACCUGCCCUCACAUUCUAUGUGUCCACUGAUGCAAUUCUAAGCUUUUGAUUGAGAUGAACCUACUUUCUUGUUCUCAUGCUUGAAGCCUUCGCAAGACAUAACAAUAGUUCGCAGUAGGUCCUUUGACAUUGCAUUCUCAUGUGUGAGUUGUUCAUGUAUUUUAGUUUGAAUCCGGAAGGCAUCAAUUUUUCAAAUGGGGAUUCGUUUUGUGGUA